AAAUCAGGGUAGAGGAAACAAAAAAAAAAUCCCAUUCUAGCUCAGUGUAUCUGCAUUGACCCCUCCCUUCAUCUCUCUCACUCCCUUUCUCCCACUCAUUCCACUUCUCCCUCUUAAUUCACCUCUCUCCCUCUCUUUUCUUAGCGUCAGUUUGAUGGAGUAUCUUUUCAUUUAUUUGGUUCUCAGCAACAGCCUAUCCCACACGCUUAUGCACACUUACUAUCCUAGUGUCUGGUGUCUAGUGUUUUGUGUCUAGUGUGUGAAAGAGACCCUGCCUAUAGCUGCUGAUACCCUGGAUUUUUAAGAUCGUUCAAUUUGAGGCUCUGAGUUUAACUGCCACCCCCAGCGGCUACGGGUCCAAAGACUCCAUCAUCAGGCGCAGCUGGGAGAGGCAGAAAGACAAGUAGAGAGAGAGCUGGGCUCCAGAGCGCACCAGCACUGGCAGCGGGGGGAAGGAGCGUUCUUCUCUGGGGCUGAGCGAAGGUGUGAGCAUGCGCUGCUCCACCCUCCUGUGUAUCCUGGCGGGGGUGCUGCUGUACCUAGUGCUGGGAGCCGUGGUGUUCCAGGCCCUGGAGGCUCCUCGUGAGCAGGACCAGCACACGCAGCUGCAGGACACACGUAGAUCGUUCCUGGAGAACUACACCUGCGUCAGCCCAGACAUCCUGCAGGCUCUCAUAGAGGAAGUGGCAGAUGCUGUGGGAGCAGGGGUGGAUCCUAAUAGCAACUCCUCUACUUUCACCAGCCAAUGGGACUUGGCUAGUGCCUUUUUCUUCUCUGGGACCAUCAUCACCACCAUCGGUUUUGGGAACAUCUCCCCGAAGACGGAAUGGGGGCAGCUGUUCUGUAUCUUCUAUGCCCUGGUUGGGAUCCCUCUGUUUGGUAUCCUGCUGGCUGGAGUUGGAGACCAUCUGGGGACUGGGCUGAGGAAGGCCAUCCUCAAAAUAGAGUUCAUCUUAGCGAAAUGGAAGGUGAGUCCUACUAUUGUUCGUGUCAUCUCAGCUGUCCUCUCCAUCCUGUUGGGGGUAGCCAUUUUUGUUGCUGUGCCAACGCUGGUGUUUCAGGAGGUGGAGAAAUGGACUCUCCUGGAGGCUUCCUACUUUGUUGUCAUCACCCUGACUACAGUGGGCUUUGGAGACUAUGUUGCAGGUGAUAGCGGAGAUGGUGGUAAAGACCACUGGUACAAGCCCUUGGUGUGGUUCUGGAUCCUGCUGGGCCUGGCCUACUUUGCCUCUAUCCUGUCCAUGAUUGCAAACUGGCUUCGGGUCCUGUCCAAGAAGACCAGGGCUGAGAUGGAGGAGCUCAGAGCCCGUACCACUGACUGGGGUCAGAACAUCCAGAACAUGUCCGUGGACUUCCGCAUGCCAGACGACCCCUUCAAACGACGCAGGCGAAAGCAUCGCCAUGGUCCUCGCAGCCGGGGCCAUGGGGCGGGUCAUGUGUCUGGGACCAGGGCCCCUAGGGAGGGGGACAGGGUGAUGGGGAAUGGCCAGCUGAACAGCCAAUCAGAGACUGGGUCGUCCUCAUACUCUUACUCCUCCAACGAUUCCGAGUCGGGGUCAGGGUCUGAGACAGGGUCAGAGGCCACGCAGUCGGAGCGGGUAGUAGAGGGUAAAGAGAAGGAUGUCGAUAAGGAGAACGCCUUCCCAGAAGCCCUGUAUUCCCAGCCUCUGGACUACUUUGGAGAGAACCUGGCAUACAUUGAUGAGUCCUCAGAUGCAGUGAGUGGGAAAUUACAUUUGGAUCCCCUAUUGGAUCCAGCACAGCCCGUCUCUGCACGCUCACGGAAGCCCAAAAGGAGACGGCCCAGAAGACCACCCCCAGAGAAGAUCCCCAAAAUCAGCCCUACCAAGCCUGAGAAGAAAGAGCCAAAUGGAGACAUACCCCCUGAAAAUCCCCCGCCCCCUCCACCAAAGGAUGGAUGAACCAAAUGCUCAAGCGUGAGUUUGUAUGUCAGGUAAAUGAACAGGAAGUCUACUGGUAGCAGCCAAACUCUCCACUUGGGAGAGCUUAACGAUCUGACUAACCGGGGGGGGGUUUGUUUCCAGAGCAUGUUGAAAGUGGAUGUAAGGGAAGAAAAAGAAGUGUUGUGAGAAGAACUGAACCUGAUCGAUUAUGUUUUAUUCACGGCACUGUUCAUGUUUUAUGAAACAUAGUUUGAGUGUGUGUAUGUCAUAUAUGCCUGAUUCUUAUAUGGAGUGGGCCUUGAUGUAAUAGUAGAGUGACUUAUUCAAAUAAUCCUAACAAAACUUAAUCACCAUCACUGCACUGACCUGAGGUUGCCUUGGCAGGGUUUUAAUCAUGUUUUAACGUGCCCCUCUCACCCAUGUUUGUUUGAGCGCUCCCUACUGGGCAAUCAUGGAACUGCACAGCCCUGUUUCCUCUGGAUAGAAUCAGCAGUGAAGUACACCAACACAAAGGGUUUCUAACUCUGAUCAAUCCCUAUUGCUUUUGUCUUUACGGGGAAAAAGGCCUUACGCAAUGACUCUACCAUGAUGAAUUUGCCCCAAAUGUCUGCAGACCAAACUUUAGUAAACAAAGCUUUUGGUCUAUAAUAGGAAAAUUCAAGGCAGGACUAAAUCCUGUCUCUGCCAAUAACCACAUCAGGUCUUGCCUAAGUAUUACAGUACUGACUUUAUUCAUGUGUGCACUGUGUACAGCAUAUGCCAUUGUAUAAAUUGUUUUGAGUAUUAUUCUUCAAAUGUAUUGCACAAAACUGUCAUGUAAAAUAAACAACUUUUAAAUAAAAAAAUGUGAAUACUA